UAGUUGCUGGUUUGCGUCAGAGAAGCUCAUUCGUUCUACUUGACUCAGUCGAGUCGAACGUGAAAUAUUUCUGCUCUGCGCAAAAGCAUGGGAUUGUUUGUCUCGUCUUAAUUUGACAUUUGCGUAGAGAAAGUUAGUUUUUUUAAGUUGUUCCUUCCUUUUGAAAUCAUCCAUGGAGAAUCUCGUUUCGCGGGCUUUGUUUGUCAUAUUCAUAGUCUCAUGUUGCUGGUCUGCCCCCUUAGAAAAUUCCACAGAGAACUUGGGAGAAUUAAUUAACACAGAUUCAGUAAAGGACUGUAAUUGUAACUGGAGGUAUUUAAAACAUUAUGACGCUAAGAAAUGCCAAGUUACAAAUGUGGACGAUUGUGGGUGCCCUCAAAGCUUUCUUUGUUCAAAUGACAAAUCCACGGAUGAACCCUUAACAGGCUGUGAAUAUGAAAAUAAAUUCUAUCCGGUUGGAUCUAAGAUCACCACUUCAGAUAAUUGUCAAGCUUGCAGAUGCAUUAAUAAGGAAAGACCAAAAAUACAAUGCGUCACAAAGGAGUGCCCCCUCAUCGAUGUCCCUGUACAGAAUGACUGCCAUCUUUUGUAUAAAAAGAACAAGUGUUGCGCGGUUGGAUUCAAAUGCAUUUCUGACGUAGAAGAAGAAAACAAUACUCAUCUAUGUGACUACAACAAUAAGCUCUACCCAGUUGGUUCUAAAAUUUAUCCCGAGGAGGACCCAUGCCUUGUGUGUGAUUGUACCGAUGACUGGAAUGGCAUAAACAAUUCAAGCUGUCGGCAACACGACUGCUUGUUUGAAAAGAAUGGACACCUUUUGGAUGCCGGUUGCAUCCCUGUAUACCACCAAAGCAGAUGUUGUCCCAUAGAAUUCUACUGUCCACAUAAUGAUUUGGCUUAUUCUUCACCUCCAAAUGCCUCAGAAAAUAAAACUGCAGUUGAACUUGAGAGCCAAUGCUUAUUUGCCGAUCGGCUCUACCCGAGAGGUUCUGAACUACCAGUCAACAACAGUUGUGUCGAGUGUAAAUGCGUUACACCCCCGGACUUCACUUGCAUUCACAUGUCAUGUCCCCUCCCACCGAAUGCAGAAAACUGCUAUGCAAAGAAGACGCCAGGAAUUUGCUGUCCCAGCUAUGAGUGCCUUUAUGCAGACGAAGGAAUUAGUGAUUCAUAUGAUGAAUACUGUCCUUCACCUAUGUGUGCUGAUUCAUCUUGUCGUAUAGGAAUCCCACCCGAUUCACUGUGUCCUACAUGCAUCUGCAAUUCAUCAGAAUCAUUGCCCGAGAGAAAUGAACUGGAGCCUAUGGCUGAAAAUUCUGAAGACAUGGAAGCGAAACAAGUUGAAAAAGAUAUUGAAAACGAGCAAGAGUUGGAUAAACUAGGUGAACCAUUAGAGACUUUGGGAAAUGAUAUUCCCAAAUUUGACAAAAUGCAAGAGCAAUUGAAUGAUGAAAAUCCUGAAGUUAAUGAUUUUACAGACAUGGAGGAAGCAUCACAUAUAAAAAGCAACUUCAAUCUUGAAAAUGCAACUGAUUCCAAUGAAGUUAUUGAAAGACUUACCAUGCAAGAGAAUACAAAUAAUGAUGAAACUGCAGAAAUGGAUCUAGAAUUUAAAGAAGAAAGUGAGAGUUCAGAAGCUGAAAGACAGAGAAAUAUGCAUAAGCGAUCGCAAGAAGUGAACCAAUUCCAGCAACAAGAAUCCGGUUGGAAUCUGUUUCCUAACAUUGAAAGAGAAGGAGGUGGUAUGCCUCAAGGUGACGAAGAAUAUGAUGGUGAAAUGCAAAGCUUCAAAGGAGGGAAGCCCGGAUGUUCAGAAAAAGAAGAGAAAAAAAACUUUGAUGUGGGAGUCCCAGAUGGUUGUCCUACUCCAAUGUGUGAAAAUGAAACCUGCAAAAUUGAAAUUCCACCUGGUCACGGUUGUCCAACCUGUGUGUGCAAUGGUACUGGGACCACUGACCCCUGAUUGCAUCAAUGUAUAUAUACCACAUUAUAUGCAUUGUAAUUGAAAUAUGGAAAAAUUCUUUCCUUAUUUUUUGAAUCCAUGUAUACUUACUCAUGUUCAAAGUAUUAUACUAUUUCAUUCAUAUUUUUUUACUAUGAUACAGCAAUCAUUUAGUUGUAUGUUGUUGGUGUUCUUGGUAUGACCUUGAUUUGUAUACAAUUUGAAAAUUAAAACAUACGUUGAACAUAAC